GUUGGCUACACCACCAUGGCUCGUUCCCUGGCUCCGGAGCAGGUGAUGGCCUUACUGCACUCCCUGUUCAGCCGCUAUGACGACCUGCUGGCGCCCCUCAACGUAUACAAGGUGGAGACCAUCGGCGAUGCAUACAUGGCCGCCACGGGGUUGCUGAACGACAGUCCCUCCAGCGCCGCGGACAUGGUGAAGUUCGGUGUGGCCAUGAUUCGCGCGGCUGCGUGUGUCCGCGACCCCGUCAGUGGUCAGCCUCUCCGCAUUCGCGUGGGCAUUAACAGCGGGCCCGUCGUCAGCGGCAUUGUGGGGGCGUGUCGUGCCCGGUACUGCCUCUUUGGCGAUACCGUCAACACGGCCAGCCGCAUGGAAAGCACCGGUGUACCGGGGGCUAUUCAGAUUUCUGAGGACACGUACACGGCCUUGCCGGAGUCCAGUCGGCAGGCAUGGACGUGCCGUGGCGAGGUGGAGGUGAAGGGUAAGGGGCUGCUCCGCACCUACCUGCUGAAGCCGGGAGACACCGACGACGUGGGGCUGGCAAUAGGAAAUGGAGUGGCACGGUGA